AUGAUCGGUGUGGAAAUCUUAUUUGUCAUGAACACUGUAAAUACACCAGAAAGAAUUUGGGAUAAAUUUAUCAAUGAUCAAUUUUUAACAACUAUCAUAAAAGAAGCUAAAGAAUUGGAUGUGGCAGGGACAGUAGCUCCGAAUUUUCUUGAAAUUAAUAGA